CGGGCUAGGCGGCAGAGCGCAAGGGGCGGGGGUGGCGUGGAGGGGGUGCCUGCCGGCGGUCAGCCCCGCUGUAGCGGGGUUGUCAUGUCUCGCCAGACGAAAGAUGACUUUCUACGGCACUAUACGGUCUCCGACCCCAGGACCCAUGCCAAGGGCUACACUGAGUACAAAGUAACCGCGCAGUUCAUCUCAAAGAAGGACCCAGAGGAUGUCAAAGAGGUGGUGGUCUGGAAGCGGUACAGUGACUUCCGCAAGCUGCAUGGGGACCUGGCCUACACCCACCGCAACCUCUUCCGCCGCCUGGAGGAGUUCCCCUCCUUCCCCCGGGCCCAGGUGUUCGGCCGGUUUGAAGCCUCUGUGAUCGAGGAGCGGAGAAAGGGGGCCGAAGACCUGCUUCGCUUCACGGUGCACAUCCCUGCACUCAACAACAGCCCCCAGCUCAAGGAGUUCUUCCGGGGUGGGGAGGUGACACGGCCCUGCGAAGUGUCCAGAGACCUGCACAUUCUACCACCCCCUCUGAUCCCCACACCACCCCCUGAUGAGCCUCGGUUGCCCCAGCCACUUCCUGCAGAAAGGAGGGGCCUAGAGGAGUUGGAGGUAUCAGCGGACCCCCCGCCGUCCAGCCCUGCCCAGGAGGCUCUGGAUCUUCUCUUCACCUGUGGCAGCACAGAGGAGGCAUCCGGCUCCCCUGCCCAAGGCCCUCUCUCUGAGGCUGAGCUAGCCCUCUUUGACCCCUUCUCCAAGGAAGAAGGCACAGGCCCCAGCCCCACCCACAUAGGUGAGCUGGCAGCCAUGGAAGUAGAGUCCACGAGGCUGAGCCAGGAGCCCUGGGAGCCAGGAGGGCAGGAGGAAGAAGAGGACGGAGGAGGGCCUCGCCCUGCCUAUCUUAGCCAGGCCACAGAGCUCAUCACCCAGGCCCUGCGGGACGAGAAGGCAGGCGCCUACCCUGCUGCGCUCCAGGGCUACAGAGAUGGUGUGCACAUUCUGCUCCAGGGGGUGCCCAGUGACCCGUCCCCUGCCCGCCGGGAAGGUGUGAAGAAGAAGGCAGCUGAGUACCUAAAGCGGGCUGAAGAGAUUCUACACCUGCACCUGUCUCAACUGCCGCCCUGAGGAGUGGGCCUUCCAGAGGACUCUAGCUCCAGCACUGCCAGCCUCCCCUCUCCUUCCCCAGCAACCCCAGGGGCCAUUUCUCUAUGUAACUGGACCAAGGAACACAAUGGCUCCCUGACUGCCUGCCUUCUUGGAAUCAGGACUCUAUAUGUGCCAGUAUCUAUCAUGAUGUGGCAGCAGCAGGUCUCAUCAUUAAAACUUGUCAGUUUAGCCAUCUGGAACUGGGGUCUGCAGACUGCAGCCUACAACCAGAUCUGGCCCAUCAUCUACCUUUUUUUUAAGGCCCA